AUGAUGAACUACAUCAAGUGUUUCUUUGUGAGGCCCAAGUCUCCAGGAGAGUGUCAGCGAAGGUGUGAGAGACCUUUAUCUCCUGGAGAUGGGCACCUUCCCAUACACUGGAAGGAGUGCAAUCAAAAGUAUGAGAGACCUUUGAUGAGUCGCAACACCAUCCUUGCUGCGAUCUGGGAGUUGCACGGACAAAGGAGUGAGUCUGAGUUCAACAUCUGGCGUAGUGGACGGAGGGCUGAGAGAACUUCGUCCAGGAAAGACGCCGAGACCUCAAACAUCUGGACUCAGCUGGGACAAACGGAUGACUGCCCUUCGUCCAGCAACGAUGAACCCUCUGGUUCCUGGAAGGCUCCUACAAUCAUGAGCGAGAGUCCUUCUACUGAGAAGAACACGACUGCCUUUUUCAUUAGGAGGCAGCUUGGACGAAGGGAUGACGACCCUUCGUCCAGCAAGUAUGAACCCUCUGGUUCCUGGGAGGCUCCUACAACCAGGAGUGACAGUCCUGAGGAGGCCACUAAUGCCUCGUCCACCUGGAGGCAGUUCGGACGCAGGGGUGAGAGCCCUUCGUUCGAGAGAAAACCCAGGACCUCGACUCCCACUUGGCACCUUGGAUGGAGAGGUGAGAGCUCUUCGUCCAAGACAAAACCCAAGACCACGACUACCACGGGGAACCUCGGAUGGAGAAGUGAGAGUUCUUCAUCCAAGAAAAAGCCCAAGACCUCGUCCAUCUGGAGGCUGCUCGGACGCAGGGGUGUGGCCCCUUCGUCCAGCAACUAUGAAUCCUCUGGUUCCUGGGAGGCUCCUACAACCAGGUGUGACAGUCCUGAAGAGGCCACUAAUGCCUCGUUCACCCAGAGGCAGCUCGGAUGCAGGGGUGAGAGCCCUGCGUUCGAGAGAAAACCCAGGAUCUCAACUCCCACGUGGCACCUUGGAUGGAGAAGUGAGAGCUCUUCAUCCAAGACAAAUCCCAAGACCUCGACUCCCACUUGGCAUCUCGGAUGGAGAAGUGAGAGCUCUCCAUCCAGCAAUUCUGAACCUUCUGGUUCCUCGGAGGCUCCUAAACUCAGAUGUCACAUGUCCACAAGAGUGUUGAGGAGAGUGAUGGGAUGA